CUCCAGCCUCAGCGCACCCCAAUGCUGUAAUUAUAGGUGUUAGCUACUUGUAGGGAUUGCAUGUAAGUCUGAUGUAAUUUAAGGAACAGUUGCCUUUUUGUUUCUUUCUUGUCUGGCUUUGUUUUUGAUACAGGUUGUCAAUUCCUAGCCUAGGCUGUCCUGAAGCUUGUAGGAAAUUCUGCUGCCUCAGCCACCUGUGGCCAGUAACUGUUAGCUUUGGAACUGUCUAUGGGCCUCCCUCUUUGGCCUCUUCUGCCCACACAGCUGUAGCCAUGCUCUGGUUAUUCAGUUUUUACCUUGGAAUUAGUGGGCUAGGAUACAGUUGCUUCAGCUCACCCAAGGUCAGCAUGGGGUCUCAGCACAAGGAACAUGGUUUUCUUCCAUUUUGUUGCUAGGAUUUUAUUUUUCAGCUCCUUCUCUUCCUCCUCCUUCUCUUCUUUCUCUUUCCCCUUCCCCUCCCUCUCCCCCUCCUCCUCUCCCUCCUCCUCCUCUCCCUCCUCCUCUUCUUUCUCUUCCCUCUCCCCCUCCCCCCUUUGAUAGAUAGAUCCAGAUCUUAUGACUUACUUGUACCAUAGCCAGAGGCCCCUUCAGUGUUUUGUGAUGAGUCAUUUCCUAAUCAGUGCCAAGCAUUGGGCCUGGAGCUCCCUGCCCAGGGGUGGGGACAGCAGGCCUGUCUGCAGCUGGGAGGAAGUCCUUGUUCCAGAAGAGCAGGGCAGGGGGUCUUCAGGAUGACUAGAAUGAGUGGCCCGAGUGGUCCUGAGGGUUCUGUCCAUGAGGAUGGGUGACACACACCCUGUGUCCCCUAACCUGCUGUGGCCCUGUGGAUUCAUAGUGACUGCCAGAGUCCUAGACAGAAGCCUAGAGCAAGAGACAAAAGAGUGUUGAAAAUGUUGAAGGCUGUGCUGAAGAAGAGCCGAGAGGGAGUAAAGGGAAGCAAGAAGGAAGCAGGAGGUGACUUUGGCUCAGAGACGCCCACCUUGUCCUCCAGUGGUGACUCUCCUGUGAACAGUUUGUCCACAACAGAGGACACCUACCGUGUGAGCUUGGCCAAAGGGGUCUCCAUGUCUCUUCCUUCAUCACCUUUGCUGCCUCGACAAUCUCACCUGACACAGUCAAGGGCGAACAAAAAGUCUCCAGGUCCCGUCAGGAAGCCCAAGUAUGUGGAAAGCCCCAGGGUACCAGGAGAUCCAGUUAUGAUUCCCUUCAGAGAAGGGUCCAAGCCCGCAGAGCCCAUCGAGACUGAAGCAAAGGUGGAUAAUGAACCGAGCUGCUCUCCAGCAGCACAGGAACUGUUGACAAGACUGGGAUUUUUACUGGGAGAGGGGAUCCCAAGUGCCACACACAUAACCAUCGAAGACAAAAAUGAAGCCAUGUGCACAGCCCUGAGUCAAGGCAUCAGUCCUUGCUCCACACUGACAAGCAGCACCGCCUCUCCCAGCACCGAUAGCCCCUGCUCAACCUUGAAUAGCUGUGUCAGCAAGACGGCAGCCAACAAAAGCCCCUGUGAGACCAUUAGCAGCCCUAGUUCCACCCUGGAGAGCAAGGACAGUGGAAUUAUAGCCACAAUUACCAGUUCAUCGGAAAAUGAUGACCGGAGUGGCUCCAGUCUGGAAUGGAAUAGAGAUGGAAGCCUGAGGUUAGGGGUUCAGAAGGGAGUGCUUCAUGACCGAAGGGCUGAUAACUGUUCCCCAGUGGCAGAAGAGGAGACUACUGGGUCGGCGGAGAGCGUACUGCCCAAGGCGGAAUCCUCAGCUGGAGAUGGUCCGGUCCCUUAUUCUCAGAGCUCAGGCUCGCUAAUAAUGCCACGGCCCAACUCAGUUGCAGCGACAAGUUCUACCAAAUUGGAAGACUUGAGCUAUUUAGACGGACAGAGAAAUGCUCCUCUCCGGACGUCGAUUAGAUUGCCCUGGCACAGUACGGCUGGAGGUAGGGCACAGGAAGUUAAAGCACGGUUUGCUCCCUACAAACCACAGGAGAUUUUGUUGAAGCCCUUGCUUUUCGAAGUGCCAAGCAUCACGACCGACUCUGUGUUUGUGGGAAGAGAUUGGCUCUUUCAACAGAUAGAAGAGAACUUGAGGAACACAGAACUGGCAGAAAACAGAGGAGCAGUGGUGGUGGGAAAUGUAGGGUUUGGGAAGACAGCCAUCAUUUCCAAGUUGGUGGCACUGAGCUGUCAUGGAAGCCGCAUGAGACAGAUAGCAUCCAGCAGCCCCAGUUCAUCUCUCAAAACCUCAGAUCCCACCCAUGACCUUCCCGGUACUCCGUUACUUUCACCAAGUUCUUCCACAAGCGCUCUCGGUGCGGCCAGAACACCUCCCGGGCCCGGUACUGUUGACAGCCAGAGACCAAGAGAGGAUGCGGUGAAAUACCUCGCCUCUAAGGUGGUGGCCUACCAUUACUGCCAGGCAGACAACACGUACACGUGUCUGGUACCUGAGUUUGUGCACAGCAUUGCAGCUUUGCUGUGCCGGUCCCACCAGCUGGCUGCCUACCGAGACCUUCUGAUCAGGGAGCCCCAGCUACAGAGCAUGCUGAACCUCCGCUCCUGUGUGCAGGAUCCUGUGGCUGCUUUCAAGAGGGGCAUCCUGGAGCCACUUACAAACCUAAGAAACGAGCAGAAAAUUCCAGAAGAGGAAUACAUCAUCUUGAUAGAUGGCUUGAAUGAAGCCGAAUUUCAUAAGCCUGAUUACGGGGACACGCUGUCUUCAUUCAUUACCAAAAUCAUUCCUAAGUUCCCCCCCUGGCUGAAGUUGAUCGUGACCGUGAGAGCAGAUUUUCAGGAAAUCAUCAGCACGCUGCCUUUUGUCAAGCUUUCCUUAGACGACUUCCCAGGCAACCAGGACAUCCACAGCGACCUGCACGCAUACGUCCAGCACAGGGUCCACAGCAGUCAGGACAUCCUCAGCAACAUCUCCCUGAACGGCAAGGCCGACGCCGCCCUCAUCGGCAAAGUCAGCAGCCACCUGGUGCUGCGGAGCCUUGGCUCCUACCUGUACCUCAAGCUCACGCUGGACCUCUUCCAGCGGGGCCACCUGGUCAUAAAGAGCGCCAGCUACAAGGUGGUGCCUGUGUCUCUGUCUGAGCUCUAUUUGCUGCAGUGCAACAUGAAGUUCAUGACCCAGUCUGCCUUCGACCGAGCCCUUCCCAUUUUGAACGUGGCCCUCGCGUCCCUCCACCCCAUGACGGAUGAGCAGAUAUUCCAGGCGAUCAACGCCGGCCACAUCCAAGGCGAGCAGGGCUGGGAGGACUUUCAGCAGAGGAUGGAGGCCCUCUCUUGCUUCCUCAUUAAGAGGAGAGACAAAACCCGGAUGUUCUGCCACCCGUCCUUCAGAGAGUGGCUGGUGUGGAGAGCGGAUGGCGAAAGCACAGCCUUCCUGUGUGAGCCCAGGAAUGGACACGCUCUACUGGCGUUCAUGUUUUCUCGACAGGAAAGCAAGCUGAACCGCCAGCAGACCGUGGAGCUUGGCCACCACAUCCUGAAGGCACACAUUUUCAAGGGCCUCAGUAAGAAGACUGGAGUCUCCUCAAGCCAUCUGCAGGCCCUGUGGAUUGGCUACAGCACAGAGGGGCUGUCUGCUGCCCUGGCCUCUCUCAGGAAUCUCUACACUCCCAAUGUAAAGGUGAGCCGGCUCCUGAUCUUGGGAGGGGCCAACGUGAACUACAGGACAGAAGUGUUAAACAACGCCCCCAUCCUGUGCGUCCAGUCUCACCUUGGCCAUGAGGAAGUUGUCACGCUCCUGCUGGAAUUUGGCGCCUGCCUGGACGGGAUGUCGGAGAAUGGAAUGAACGCACUGUGUUACGCAGCUGCUGCCGGCCACAUGAAGCUGGUGUGUCUGCUGACCAAGAAGGGGGCAAGGGUGGACCACUUGGAUAAGAAGGGCCAGUGUGCACUCGUCCACAGCGCGCUGAGGGGCCACAGUGACAUUCUCCAGUACCUACUGAACUGUGAGUGGUCGGCAGGCCCUCCGCAGCCUGGCACCCUGAGGAAGAGCCAAGCCCUGCAGCAGGCACUGACAGCAGCCGCCAGCAUGGGCCACAGCGCGGUCGUCCAGUCCUUGCUGGGAAUGGCAGAGGAACAUGAAAUCGAAGUCAAUGGCACCGACACAUUGUGGGGAGAAACAGCGCUGACUGCCGCGGCUGGGAGAGGAAAGCUGGAGAUCUGCGAGCUUCUGCUGGAGCGUGGAGCGGCCGUGUCUCGGGCCAACAGGAGAGGGGUACCCCCUCUGUUUUGUGCAGCCCGCCAGGGGCAUUGGCAGGUCGUGCAAUUGCUUUUGGAUCGGGGCUGUGACGUGAACCUGAAUGACAAGCAGGGUCGGACACCUCUCAUGGUGGCUGCCUGUGAAGGACACCUGAGCACCGUGGAAUUUCUCCUCUCCAAAGGUGCUGCUCUUUCUUCCCUGGACAAAGAGGGCCUGUCGGCAUUGAGCUGGGCUUGUCUGAAGGGUCACAGGGCAGUGGUCCAGUAUCUGGUCGAAGAAGGAGCAGAAAUAGACCAAACAGACAAAAAUGGCCGUACUCCCUUGGACCUGGCCGCCUUCUAUGGUGAUGCAGAGACUGUGCUGUACCUGGUGGAGAAAGGAGCCGUGAUAGAACACGUGGACCACAGUGGGAUGCGCCCCCUGGACAGAGCCAUCGGUUGCCGAAACACCGCUGUAGUGGUUACACUGCUGAGAAAAGGAGCCAAACUAGGAAAUGCCGCUUGGGCGAUGGCCACUUCCAAACCUGAUAUUCUGAUCAUACUUUUACAGAAAUUGAUGGAGGAAGGAAAUGUGAUGUACAAGAAAGGGAAGAUGAAGGAGGCAGCCCAGAGGUACCAGUAUGCCUUACGGAAGUUCCCUCGGGAAGGACUCGGAGAAGACAUGAGGCCAUUCAAUGAGCUGAGAGUCUCCCUCUAUCUCAACCUGUCGAGAUGCCGAAGGAAAACCAAUGACUUUGGCUUGGCAGAAGAAUUUGCUUCAAAGGCUCUGGAACUGAAACCGAAAUCCUAUGAAGCCUUUUAUGCCCGGGCAAGAGCAAAAAGGAACAGCAGGCAGUUCCUGGCUGCUCUGGCUGACCUGCAGGAGGCUGUGAAACUCUGUCCCACCAAUCAGGAAAUCAAGCGGCUUUUGGCCCGUGUUGAAGAAGAGUGUAAACAACUCCAGAGGAACCAGCAGCAGAAACAGCAGGCACCCCUGCCGGCUCCACCCAAUGACUCUGAUAAUGAUGAGGAGGCCCCAGCCUCUAGUCUAAAAGACCACUUCCCCAUUGAGGAGGCAGAGGAGGAAGACACCUCUUCACAAGAAGAGUCCAUUUCCCCGACUCCCAGAUCCCAGCCACCACCAUCUGUCCCUUCCCCAUAUAUCCGCAACCUUCAAGAGGGAUUACAGUCCAAAGGCAGGCCAGCGUCCCCACAGAGCAGGGCAGGAAUCAGUAAGUCCCUGAGAGAGACUGUAGCUCAGCCAGGUUUGGUUAUGCAGCCGACCAAACAGGCGCAGAUCGUGAAGACCAAUCAACAUCUAGGUUCUGGGCAAUCCAGCAUGAGGAACAGUAACACCAAAGUACAGGUCUCUUCUCAGAACCCUCCCCCAAGCCCAAUGCCAGGUAGAGUAUCUGCAGCCCCUGCCGUGAGCAGAAACCAGCAUUUAGAGGGAACGGGUCCCUUCAGUACAGGAACUGGUUGUGGUCACUUCGGGGAUCGGCUGGGCCCCAGCCAGAGCCUCCAGCUGCAGCGCGGUGAGAGCGGCACUGCGUAUCCUCUCCCGAGCAAAGUCAAAGCAGCCGAGAGGCUCCUGGCUCACGCCUCUGUGGCUGUGGACAUGGCCCCUCCGAGCCAGGGUGGACCAGUGAGCUGCAGCGAUGUGCGGCACCCAGCUUCCCUCAGCAGCUCCGGCUCGUCCGGCUCUCCAUCCAGCAGCGUAAAGAUGUCGAGCUCCACCAGUAGCUUGACUUCAAGCAGUAGCGUUUCAGACGGAUUCAAGGCCCAAGGACCAGACUCUAGAAUCAGAGACAGAGGUACAACUCAGGUGCAGGGUGGCACUGCCGAACACAGGCCCCGCAACACUCCAUUCAUGGGCAUCAUGGACAAGACCGCCAGGUUCCAGCAGCAAGUCAACCCUCCGAGCCGCUCCUGGCACUGCCCGGUGACAGAGGGACUACUGACAAACACAGCCACUGCAGCCGGCCUGCAGACUAACUCUGAGAAACCCGCCCUCAAGCCCGGAGGAUAUUGUAGCCAAGCCAAGCCGUGUUCAGUUCCCCCCCUGGGCAUGGGUGUCCACAAUGGGGCUCAGGUGAAGGAGCUGGAAGAAAAUAAGUGCCAAAUUCCAGCCCUCUGUCAAGACAACAGGAAAACUAAGGGUGUGCCCCAUCUCUACCCGGAAGGCGUCUCUAAGCAGCCGCUUCAUGUCAGUACGGAAGCCCACAGGAGCCACCUCACUUCAGCGAAACCAAAGCGAUCGUUCAUAGAGUCCAAUGUGUGAGCCUUAAGCAACCCCUGUGUAGAAUCUGGAGUGCAGUCUGUUGGCUCGUGGUGAUAAAUAAUGUCUUUUUUUCAUAAUAAAAAUUACCUGUUAGCCAUAUUUUCCACCUCUUGGGUGGAUCUGAUGCCAUUGACAUAUUAAAACUGUAGGAUAAAACUAUAGUUAAGUAGCUAGAAAUCAGCCAUAAACAGAAAUACUAAACAGCAUUGAAAACCGUUGUCAGCUUUUAUCUGGCGAUUUAAAGGCUGCCAAGAAGACAUCAACCAAUGCCGUUCUCUUAGGAAAUCAUUUGGUUUGCUAAGUGUAAGCGGAAAAAAAGAGAAGGGGGGGGGGGGAAGUCCACUGGUAAAAGUUUUUUAACUCCUGACGUCAUAAUAUCUCGAAGUGUAUUCUGGAAAAGAUUGGGGGCGGGGAUUUUUUUAAGUUCCAGAUUCCUUAAGUCAAACCUGUCCUUACAUAUGUGUGAAACUUGCAACCUGAGUGGUAUCUAGCUGGAUGUCAAUGUGACUUUUUUUCUGUCAGUGAAAUACAAGGGCACCCAUGUAUCAUUCCCGUCAUGGUGGUUACGCAAGGUGACCAAACACCGACUUCCAUGAUAUGGUCAUCUGUAGAGUAUUUUUAUUUUAUAGCCCCCUUUUUGGAACUAUAUUUAUGCUUCACAGUGUUACUGAGAAGAGGGAACAGGCUAGCUAGAAUUUUGACUGGUGUCCAGGUCAGAGUUGGGCAAAAGUCCCAAAAAGGGCACUCUUAGUGGCGGCAACAAAUUAGCCCUAACUGGUUCCAAAAGUGUUCUGGACAGUGACCGUCCCCGAAACGAGCCUCCAGUGUCCUGUAGGGACAGUGGUCAGACAGGAUCCUUGAGGUCUGGGUGAUGGUUUUGUUUCCUUACGCAGCCCGCUGUUUCAUAGUCACUUGUUAUGUAUGUAUGUGUAUAUAUAUGUAUAUAUAUAGCCCAUUUUAUUCAGGCUUGUAAAUAGAACUCAAAGGAAGCUAAUCUGAAGACACACAGCAGGACCCCGCCUGCCAUCUCUCCGCAUGUUCUUUGUGAGCGCUAUGCUGGUUACCACACAGAACGAUGUGUUAUCAUGGCUUGUCACAGAAUACCCGCAAUGGCACUUUAUCUCAUUUGUACGGAUGUACAGACACCUCUGAGGUGCUACUUAAAUCCAGGCUGACAUAUUUUUCAUCUGUAAAGAUAAGGUACAAGAAUGAACCUUGGUUUGAGGUAUUUUUAUAUGAAAAUGGUGUUAUUUGGAAGAUGUUCAAAUGCUGGUUUGAGAGAGGUGGGGGGGCAGUAUUUUAUAUGUCGAGAUGUGAAAUGUAUUUUCUAGAUCGGGGAGAAGGAAGUUCUAUAUUUGCAGAAUGUUUUAGACAUGAGUAUCCACGAUGCUCCUCUGAACAUCAUUAAGGUUUUGUAUGGAAAGGAACCUUGCAGCGUCAUUCAGUGUGUCUGUUCCUGUGUGUUGUAUGCUUUGUACAAAAAGCUAGGUCGUUGUUCUAAGCUCUCUCUGAGUUCCGCUUUAACUAUACGGCUUAUUUAUUGUUUUCUUUAAUAUUUGUGAACGUCUUACUCUUUGGUUAUGUAGUUUGUUUCUGCACAACUACUGUACUUUUCCACACAGAAUAAAGACCAUUACUUCA